AUGUUUUCUCGUACGUCAAGUAAACCGGCAAUAGGGCGCGUGCGAUUUGCUACUGUCGAAGAUGCAUCUCUGAUAUUGGAACUUGUCAACGAACCUGUAGAAAAAACCUUCCGUGUUGGUUGUGUAAAUGAUAUCAUUUACCUUAUUGAAAAUUCUAUUCUAGCAUUAUGCCAGCUGGAUAUAUCAGAGACUAUAAUUGGAUUUCUAUCAGCAAGAGAUUAUCCGAUGAUACCGUCCGUUCAUCCAGCUGCAUGGGAAAGAUAUAUUUGGAACAAAUACAAAUCAACGGAAAUGAAUUCUCGUAACUCUUUGUUUUUACACAUGUUAUGUUGGAAUACGUCAUACAGUCGUGAUGUUGUAGACAGUAUGCUCAAAUCGAUAUUUAUGCAUGACCCCUAUGUGCAUCACAUUGGGAUGGUUAAGUCGGUGCCUCAAUACCCUCUGUUAGUGCCCGGUCAGACCCGAUCUGAGGCAUCGUUCAGACGCGUACAGGUGAUAGAGCGGGGUGUAGUCGCAGAUAAGCUGCCGGCUUUGUACAUCGCCGAUCGGGUAGAAGUCAGCCCGAGGCUGAGGAUCAGAAGAGCUGUAGAGGAGGACAAUGACGACUUAGUUCCAAUCUUGGAGAGGCAUGCGCCUCAACUGCAAGCGCUGUAUGGAGAGUUUUAUAUUAGCGAACUGAUAUCUCGACACCCUGAGUCCGAUAGAGUGCUGCUCGUAUGCGAGCACAAAGAGCUGGCGGUUGGGAUGAUGUGUCUGAAUACAAUGGUGAACUACGAGGCUCUGGAGGAGAACUUUGUGUUGACACCGUUUGCGGGUCUAAAGCACUUAUCAGAUGAACAUGAACAAUAUGACAAAACUCUUAGUGAAGAUUCGAACUCAAGCUUACACAUCACCCAAGAAUCACAAGAUUUUUGCAAAGCAAAAGACGCAGAGUUAAGGGUUACAAUAGCGGAUGACGUCAAAGACCACCUACGUCGGGAUAGUUGGCAUAUUACUCGACAGAUCUCACUAAUGGGGAAUAAUCCGGAUGAAAUAAUGAACAUUCUUCUCGAAGACGAGGAAAGUGCCCCAGACUAUGACAUUGUCAACAUAAAUACUGAGUGGAUGUGGGUCCCUGAGUUCUUAUGCAAUGCUCUAUCAGGGGCAACUGAAGCAAUACAGAAAAUUAUCAAUGACAACACCCCACCUAAACCAAAGAAUAAGAAAGAUCAUUUACACAAGAUGGGUGGUGAGUAUCUUGGUAUACAACAUCUGUUUAAUAAAGGUUAUAUUAUUAAGGUAACAUUAGUCUUAGCAGCGUCUUCAACUUCAACGCGUUUCCCGGAGCCAGUGAGAUUCCAGGGAAAACCCAAUGCAUUCUUAAUUGAGCUGUACGCAAUGCAAUCAGACUACGAUGAAAGGUACGGGUUUGAUAUACUUGAGGCAACCUACGAACUAUUCCCGGACCGGGAUUAUUGUAUAAUAUGCUUGCCUUCUAACCAAUCACCGUGUCCUCUCUUAGAACAUUUUACGUUAGUGACACCUAUGGAAUCAGCGAACAUGAGGUUUAAAAACGACUCGUUAUAUGUAGCACACGUGAAUUCUGUUCGAGGCAACAUGCGUGUACGAUGGGGCGAGAAACAGGACAUAAACACAUUAGAACGCAUAUUGGGGAAUGCACCGAAUUUCGAAACUCUGAUGAACUUGUACAAGUCCACUUUACCCUCACCAAUAUUGGAGUCUUUCAUAUUUUUGAGUGAGAACCAACCAAUUGGAAUGGUUGUGAUUGGUCCUUUAGAAGAUAGUACAACGGUACGGGCACAAUAUGACUUAGAACCUGAACCACGACGUCCUGGGACGGAUGGAGCUAUUCUGGCCGGAGUAAUGUCACCAGCUUUAGAACCACACACACGAUGGUUUUUGCGGGAAUUAUUGCGCCAGUCUCGUUACUCUACUCUAUUUUGGAUCUGUAGGUUGUUUGCUAGAGGCGAUGAGGCCCCAAGUCGGAAUUUGAUGUCACUGGCGUCUUACAUGAAUCCAGUACAUCCUCGUAGAUCUGUGCCGAACAUUAGCCAAAAUAAAGAUCUAGAUAGGAUAUUUCGAGACAUCGCCUGUCCUUUCGCACUCUGGAUGCUGGAGAAACCCCUGACAGCUUUACCUAAAGUUUUUGUGAACAACAGCAUUGUGGUCGUUGGCGCUAGUCGUACAGGACUAUCAUUUUUAGAGGCUUUGCUUAUGGGACCAACGUCAGAGUACCUAACAUUUAGCAAUCUGACAUUAGUGUCAGAACACGGCUUGCCGACAGUGAGCGAUUGUUUGAAGGCAGCCGACAUUUGUGUGCCUCGCGAUGGCCGGUAUACGGAUCGGUACAUUAAAAGUGUACCGUUCUACUACUAUGUGGAUGUCAUGUCCGCUGUCAUGGUUGGAAUCGACAGGAAACGAAAAUUUAUUCUUUUAAAAGACGGAAGCACUAAGUACUAUGAUGAACUGGUGUUGACAUGUGGUGAACAAUUUCAGCAUCCGGAAUAUUUGAAAGACGCUCUAAAUCUCGUGAAAGAAGUAAAAAAAGGCAAGCCGUGUGAUAGAAUACUUAUGGACAAUCCGAGCUAUCAAGAGGACAGAGUUCCACCGCCUCCAGAACUGCCUGUCAAUGUGUUCCUUAUCAACUCUUUGUAUGAAGCUAAUCUUACUUUGGGGAAGUUAAUGCGAUUGACUAGAGAAAUUAAACUGGAAGACUAUCAAAUUAGCGAAGAAAACAGGGUGGUUGUUUACGGGGAUUGUGUACAAGCGUAUAGUUGUAUCGCUGCCUUGCUGGAAUUGGGAAUACUGUCUAAGUUUAUUGUUUUCGUGGAGCCGUUCCCAGACUUAGAGGAACCUACAGCUCUUAGAGUCAAUUGUUUUAAUGACGAAACGGUGGAUGAAAGAGUACAGGCUAAACUAGGGCAGCUCGGAAUCCAAGUAUUACGUCAAUGUCGUUUCGAUUCAUGGAAAAUGGAAGGAGAAUACGUCGACAGCCUGAAUCUUAUGACGCCUCUGCACGCGCUUACGAUCAAAUGUUUUGCAUUGUUCUACUUUGGCCUACAGGCUAUUAAUAUGCAUGCUUUUAAAGCCAUAAAUGAAUCUGGUCUCGUAUAUGAUGGUGGUUUGGUCGUAAGUCCAACAUUCGAGACGAACGACCACCAUAUAUACGGCGCAGGAACCUGCUGCAGUUAUUCUAGAAGAUUGUAUGCCACUCGUGGUCUUCAUAGGAAUUAUUGCUCUGAAGAUAUUGGCGAGGCGUUAGCAAGGCUGUUUCUGCGGAAGCUCGACCCAUUCGUGAUGCGCGGUGAUUCUGUAACUAUUGCGCCAUCUGACCUUUUGCCCUCUGUUACUUCUAGUAUUUUGGGGGUAACAAGUCCGACUGCGAGUAGCUGCACACGGUUAAGGAAUGAAUCAUCUGCCUUCAGACGAUGGCAGCCGGUGAUGAAAUUUAAAUCCCCGUUAGUUCUAUCAGCGACUUUACCUGGGCCUUUGUACUAUAUGAAGGUAAGAAAAUGUGGCAAAGAAAUACCAAUGGCUGUACAAAAACUUCUGCCUCACCAGGGCCACACUCUUAUUACUGAUCACAACGGGAACUACUUCCGUCUGCAGUUAAACGUGCUGCACAUAGUUGAAGGGAUCACUUGCUUAUCUAAAAAGCCGUUUAGCUCCGAAAUACUGUCUCAGCUGUUUGGGAAGCACGAAGCUGUCUUUAAUAAGCUUCUCACUAGAUACAUGAGAGGUGAAAUAAAAGACUUUUAUGAGUACUUCACUCAGCCGUGGAUGUCGGCACUAUACCAAGAGACUUUCGAAGACCUCGUCGAAGCUAUCAAUGAGCAGGAUGUAUACACGGUCAGCGAAUUAACGAAAUCGAAGUUCAUAUCUUACGCCGAUCUAAAUGCAACAAAAAGUUCGUGCGCGAGUUCGUCGAUGUCGUCGGAUUAUGAAAGCAAUCUGAAUAAGGAUUUCAACGAAGGCACUUUCCGUCCUGUGUUUGAGAGACUCAUUGCAAAAGCCAGCCCUAUGGAUGUAAAGGAAGGAUGUAAAGGUUGCCCGGUUGAUAUUCCAGAGGAAUGUGGUCAAGACAAUAAGCGGCAUAAAGACGCUUUGAAGAUCUGGAAACGAUUGUCAGGUGAACGUAUAAUAUCUGCUCAUCUGGCUAAAUAUCUGGACAGGAAUAGCGUCUGCAACCCGCAUUAUGCGGCCCCUAAACCUGAUUUUCAAUACGACGACUAG